AUUCUGGCAAUGCUUGGAAACAGAUAUCUCCAACCAUGGAUAUGUCAGUUUUGGUUGUCGCUCAUAUCAUCGCGUGUUAUUCAUAUGACGACAACUCCCGCCAUUGAUGUAGAUAACCCUGGCAAUCUUACCCUUGGUGGACUAUUCGUCCUAACUGAGAUUAACGAGAAAAGCAAAUGUCUUAACACAAUUUCUUUGGAUGGUCUAAGAUCUUUACUAGCUAUGCAGUUUGCUGUGGAACGUAUCAACUAUGACGACACCAUUCUGCCAAACAUUACUCUUGGAAUUAAAGCAGUUGAUACCUGCUUUAGUCGUGUUCCAGCGCUGGAAUACACCCUUAAGCAUUUUGUGCUUGGUAAACAUAAGGGCAAACUAAGUCAAUAUCCAAUUGCUGGACUUAUUGGACCUGCACUGAGUUAUGAAGCAGUUUAUAUAUCAAAG